CUCAGUGAGUUCAGGGCAGCAGUCAGAGGUCCGUCCGACGCGCGUACACAACCACACACACACACACGCACACACACUCCGAGCUACACGACUCGAACACCCCGUCCCACCCCGUGCGUUUCUCGCGGGAACCUUCCGGAGACUGUCAGGCGAGGACGCGCUGACGGGUGCGGGUCCGGGACUGGGACAGGGACAGGGAGCGGACCGGAGGAAGACUGGAGAAAGGUUAGCGAGGCACCGGGCAGAGACGCUCCGACUCUCAAUACCCUCCGGUCGUCUACCGGAGUUUUCCCCGGUCGUCUAACGGAGUGUCUCUCCGGUCGUCCUGGCGGCGGGCGGCGGCAGCCCCCCCGUGGCGCGACGAGGAGCCGUCUCAUGUCUCGCUCUCCGGGGGGUCUCCUCCACAUGGACUCGCCUACUAAGGAGAUCGAGGAUUUUGAGAGCAACUCGCUGAAGUACCUGCAGCCGGAGCAGAUCGAGAAGAUCUGGCUGAGACUGCGGGGACUGAGGAAGUACAAGAAGACAUCCCAAAGGUUGAGAUGUCUGGUGAAGCAGCUGGAGAGAGGCGAGGCCUCGGUGGUGGACCUGAAGAAGAACCUGGAGUACGCCGCCUCUGUGCUGGAGUCGGUCUACAUCGAGGAGACCAGGCGCCUGGUGGACACCGAGGAUGAGCUGAGUGACAUCCAGACGGACUCGGUGCCGUCGGAGGUGCGUGAUUGGCUGGCCUCCACCUUCACUCGCCAGAUGGGGCUGAUGUUGCGGCGCACCGAGGAGAAGCCGCGCUUCCGCAGCAUCGUGCACGCCGUGCAGGCCGGCAUCUUCGUGGAGAGGAUGUACCGACGGACCUCCAACCUGGUCGGGCUGAGCUACCCCCCCAACGUCAUCACCGUGCUCAAGCACGUGGACACGUGGUCCUUCGAUGUGUUCGCCCCUAACGACGCGAGCGGAGAGCACGCGCUGAAGUUCAUCUUCUACGAGUUGCUCACCAGAUACGACCUCAUCAACCGCUUCAAGAUCCCCAUCUCGGCCCUGGUGUCCUUUGUGGAGGCCCUGGAGGUGGGCUACAGCAAACACAAGAACCCCUACCACAACCUGAUGCACGCCGCUGACGUCACCCAGACCGUCCACUUCCUGCUGCUCAAGACCGGCAUGAUGCACUGGCUCACAGAGUUGGAGAUCCUAGCCAUGAUCUUUGCGGCGGCGGUACAUGACUUUGAGCACACAGGCACCACCAAUAACUUCCACAUUCAGACCAGGUCGGACACGGCCAUCCUUUACAACGACCGGGCGGUGCUGGAGAACCACCAUGUGAGCGCGGCAUACCGCCUGCUGCAGGAGGACGAGGAGAUGAACAUCCUGUCCAACCUGUCCAAGGACGACUGGAGAGAGCUGCGAGCCCUGGUAGUAGAGAUGGUUUUGGCCACAGACAUGUCCUGUCACUUCCAGCAGAUCAAAGCCAUGAAGAACUUCCUGCAGCAACCUGAGGCGAUUGACAAGCCCAAGGCCCUAUCCCUGCUCCUCCACACUGCAGACAUCAGCCACCCGGCCAAGCAGUGGGACCUCCACCACCGCUGGACCACCUCGCUGCUGGAAGAGUUCUUCAGACAGGGCGACAAAGAAGCACAUCUGGGCCUGCCCUUCUCUCCCCUCUGUGACCGCAACUCCACCAUGGUGGCCCAGUCCCAGAUAGGGUUCAUCGACUUCAUCGUGGAGCCCACCUUCACUGUGCUCACCGACAUGACGGAGAAGAUCGUGAAGCCGCUGAUCGAGGAGGCGGCCAUCUCCGGCCCGGAGGACUUACGACGGCCCAGCCUGACCAUCCUGGGGGCCGUGGUCGGGGCCGCGGCGGGGGACGUGGCCGGGGCCGUGACCGGUGGAGAGAGCAAGCGCUCCAGCGUGAAGAGCACGGCGUCGGAGGGCAGCGGCGCCAUCAACUGCUCCCUGCACACGGUGGACUUCAAGAGCUUCAAGGGCACCUGGAGCGAGGACGUGAACCGGAACCGCGAGCGCUGGAAGGCCAAGGCCACCCAGGAUCUGGCAGAGAAAAGCAAGAAGGAGGGCGAGGAGAAGGCCAGCGAGGGAGCGAAGAAGGAGGGGGAGGAAGCUGAGCCUGGCGACAAAGCCAAGGAGCUGGGGAAGGAGGUGGAGGCGGGGAAGGAGGUUGAGGUGGAGGUGGGGAAGGAGGGGGAGGGGGGAAGGAGGGGGAGGCGGGGAAGGAGGGGGAGAGGAGGACUGAGGAGUCGGAGGAAGGAACCAAGGCUGACAAAGAGGAGGAGAAGGAGAAGGAGGAGAGCAGGAAGGAGCCAGCGGAGGAGAAGCCCAAAGAGGAGGGGGGGGAUGGAGAUCCAGGGGGGGGGGCGCGGUCUGGCCCCAGGACCGGGACCCAGGAGGGGUGUACGGUCCAGACAGGUUGACCCCACGGAGUCGACCCACAGGGACAACAAAGGCGAGGAGAAAGCGACUCACAGUGCAGAAGAUUCCUCCAUCACAGACACCUCGAGUGGCACAGAGUCCGACUCCUCUGACGCAGAAUCCAAAGAGACAGAGGAAGAAACAGACGAGGAGGAGGAAGAUGAUGAUGAUGAUGAUGAUGAUGAUGAUGACGAAGAGGAGGGUAGCUUCCACAACCCUUCAGCAGGGCAGCUAACCACUGCUGCUGCCGCCUCUGUCCAAGAGACAAACUGUCCUUAUUAAACACUCUCUCCAUCUCUGGGCAGGCACAUUGCUUUCUCUGGGGCUUGGUGAAACUGUUUGCCUUCAUGAGAGCGCCACCUGGUGGAGACCAGCAUCAAUACAGGAUGGUUUCAUCGACACACCGUUUCAUUGAUUUGAACCUCUCUCUGUCUCUGUCUCUGUCUCUCUCUCUCUCUCUCUCUCUCUCUCUCUCUCUCUCUCUCCUCUCUCUCUCUCUCUCUCUCUCUCUCUGUCAAUACCCUGUGGUAUUUCUUUGACCAGUUUUUAUGGGUAUUGUUGUUGCCUGAAGGAAGUGUUUAUCGAAAGCCUGGCCUGAUACUUCACUAGCAGCCCACCAGACCAAGGCAGGGCCCCUAGAACACUCAUAACAGUGAGGGGCCACUAGAACAUUGAGGGCCCCUAGAACAUUGGGGCCGUAUCACGGGCCCCACUGGCUGACCAAGUGGAAGGCGGGUGAUUGGAUGGGAUGUACUGGUGGAUGGUAGUAUUGACUGCUCAACUCGGAGGUGGUGAGUGACCUUUAGGCACGGUUAGCUUCAGAGCCCUGAAGCCCAGCCCUGUAGGGAAGGUCUUAGUGGGUAAUCAAACCCGAGACUCCGGCCUCUUCCUGCCUUCCUCAUAAAUUUCUUCCAAAAACGGAUGCGUUCUUUAAAUGCUGAAAUGGCCUACAUGCGCCUAGUUAGAACAUGAAGACCCCCAGAGAUUAGGACUAAACCACCUCAGAGAUUAGGACUAAACGACCGCAGACCCCAAGAGAUUAGGACUAAACAACCUCAGAGAAUAGGGUUGAACAAUUUUAAAGAUUAGGACUAAACCACUUUAGGGAUUAGGAAUAAACCACCUCAGAGAUUAGGAAUAAAACACGCCCUGGCUAGGAGAAAGUGAUGAACUCUAAUCUAGAUGUCAAAUUUUCAUAGAAUGUGUUUUUAUUCUCUGUUUGUUUCACAAAUUUUGUUAAAGCUAUUUCCAAACAAUGUUGAUUUGCCAUGCAGUUGUUUGCUAGAGUGAUUGAGUGAGUGAGUGUGAUAAUGCUACAAUGAAUGAGGUCAUAAGUGAGCCACUGGCUUUGAGAGCUAAUGACUAAAAGCCAUGGUGUCUUGCAGCUCUUAAUAAGAUGUAAAUUGUCUAGAAUCGAUAUAUCUAAAAAGAUAAAAGAUUGUUGGAGCAUUCAACCCUUUAAACCCCCUUCACCUCCCAGCUCUCUGACUCAGCAGUUUGGUCCAGUUUAGAGAUGGUAGGUUGGUUAGAACAGAGAGUUGAUGCACAAGGUAGGACAUUAGCUUAUGUUAACAAAUGGUUCCUUAUGGGGGAUACGUGGGCUUGGGAAAUAGAGCCUCUAAAAGGGCAGCUGAAAAGCACAGGGUAUCUGCUGAAAAGCACAGGGUAUCUGUUGGUUAUUGUGUAAUUAGCACAAUUUGUAGUCGGAAAAAAUAAACUGUAAAAUGACACCGAUUUUUGUGACGCAGUUGAAAGCCAAACAUGCGUACUGCUGGGGCUCUUUCCUGACAUCAGGUCUUAUUAAUACAAUGUCCAAAACAGACGCCACUGUUAUGAGUUGGGUUCUGGUCAGAUGUGUCCCGUGUAUCUUGAUAAAAAAAGAGUAACUUCAUUAGCUUUGACUGGCCAUCAUAAAGCUGUUAAGUUGAUCGUCUGUAGUAUUUACAGCAAACUCAACUUUUUUGUUGCCCAUAACAGAUGAAUACCAUAACUCAAGCUUAGCAUUUCAUUAUAUCAUCAUUUGUGUUGUCGUUUCUGUCAACAGAUUGAUUCACAUGUAUUGGCGUUAUUCUUUUGAUUUACUUCUGUGAACGUUCUUCCUCUAACUGGGAGGUGAAAUGCACAACGCUUGUUUUUAUUUGCAACUGAUCAUUUUAGGUGUGAAGACCUCACAAACAAAUGGUACAUUUUCAACCCUGAUAUGCAGAACUUUGUGAAAAUAUUUUGCUAGAAUCUGCCUUUUAUUGUAAAGAUUGACUGUUUGUUUCCACAGACAUGUAGAACAUUUCUUAGUUCUGUUUAAGUACGUUUAAAGCAGAUGCACACAUAUAACGCAAGACAAAAUCCCCCCCCCCCCGUCAGAUAUGUAAUGGCUGUUAUAGGAAUAUGUAAAUGACACGGUCUUUCUUUGCGCAAUUCAAAAUGUCCUUCUGAAACACUGUGAGGAGUUUCCUGUUGCCUUGACCAAAGAGAGAUAACGACAGACACAAAGAAAUCUCAAGCUGAUCUGCCAUGUUUUUCGACUUGAGUUGAUGCGUUUUGUUUUCUAUGUUUGCCUUACGGUCAAUGUGAAGUAGGUUCUCUCUGCAGAACCUGGGUGUUUCCCCCAGCUUCCUCUCAUUAUCAGUGUUUGGUUCAACUACAGUGGGGCGCCUGUCAUGUUCUUUGUGAAUACUUUCUAGCCUUGGCUCCGCAGUCCCACAGAGGUCCCUCCAUCGAAGCAGCAGUUGCUUUGAAGUUGGCAAUGCUUCAUAAUUGAUCAACUUACCUUAUAAUCAUUGCAUGAUAUUCACAUGACUUGCGUCAUGUGAAUGAUGUAUGUUAAAAAACAUGCCCAUGGGUUUACAAUCUCUACCCACAAACCUAACAGAUAUUCCAGAAGGCCACAUGCCUUAGACGUCGCUGCUACUACUGCGGUCACGCCAUCUGCACUUAUGAAAACUAUGGCUCAUCUACAUUGUGUUGUACAGUAAAAUGCUCUUUGGGGUGCAAGUGCACCUCGUAAACACAGAAGUAUGCCCUCAGAAAAUGGGGAAGGAUUCGAUCUUAUCGUUAUUAAUUUAAAUAGUUAAAAUACAAGUUGGAUUGGGGAAGCUGAAUAUCAACCAUCUUGUCAGCCUCGUGACGUGUCCACUGGCCUGUAGAAAAAAAUCGGCCCAAACAACUUAGACAUCUCACGAUGUGAGAGCUGCUAUUGUGAAACUACUACUACUUCCACUGAGGACCUAGCCUGGGUCACAUGCAACACAUGACUACAUUUUGACCACUGAUUUAUUUUUUUAUCAUUAUGUAUUCUAACCUUUUAUUACCCCAGUAUUUCACCUACCAGUAUGUCCCUAAAAAUCCUGUUUUAUUCUUGAUUUGAGCAGAGAAGUGAGUGUGAACAGCAGGCCUAACUAGCGUUUGCAGAUUUGCACCUGUGCUUCUGUUGUGAAUACAGUGUCAUUUUUUCAAUGGAUUGGUUUUUCUGUUUGUUGCUAAUUGUUCCUUCUCAUUUGUACACGGUACUUCAUCAAAUCACCCUUCCCUCGCCAAAGGGAUGGGACAUGUAUGACAUGUUUGGUUCUGAUUUUGGUUCAAAUGUGGUGAUUUAUUGCACUCAUUGUGCCAAUAAAACUGGACUCAAAGGGCUCAGAUCCUGGCUCCAUGUCUUCACUGGUAUCCUGUAGGAAACGUAGCCCUGAAGAUACAAACACAAGAGAAGCUACACAACUCCACAUGACAUGUUUCAGAGGUUUUGUGCCAAGAUUAGAUUGUACACUUCUAAAGGGAGUAAAGAGAAUGGCGACUGCUCAUGUGAUCUUGUGUGAUUUUAACAUUCAAACUUACCCUAUGUGAGUUCAUAUGGUUUAGGGUAGGGCAUUCAGAAAUGUAUUUCACGUUGUUUUGCAAUGGAAUUUGACUUUGAAACGGUAAUAAUAUAAGUUUGAAGUAGGAGUCUUACUUCAAAUGGUCAAAUCUCACGAUGUGAUCCUGAGAGAGCGCUUUAACCCAACGUUUAAAUCUCCCUUGUUCUCAGGUUCGGAGGAGGGCUGCGAUCUGAUUCGCUACCAUAAACGACCCAGCUACUGUGCCAACUCCUACCGCCCGGCGAGGGUCAAAGUGGUGGACCUGCGGCCCACCGACCCCCGGAGCAAAGCCCGACGUCUGCAGCGGAUUUCCCUCCGAAGGGGGAAGUGACCUCACAGCAGGGCCCACCUAGGACUGAACAUUAGGGGUCCUAGCCCCUUAGCACCUCACUAGACAGGGGAAGUGACCUCACAUCAGGACCCACCUAGGACUGACCUUUAGGGGGGCUUAGCCCCUUAGUACCUCCUACUGCAGGGGAAGUGACCUCACAGCAGGGCCCACCUAGGACUGAACAUUAGGGGUCUUAGCCCCUUUGCACCUCACUAGACAGGGGAAGUGACCUCACAGAAGGGCCCACCUAGGACUUACCUUUAGGGGGGCUUAGCCCCUUUGUACCUCCCUCUGCAGGGGAAGUGACCUCACCGCAGAGCCCAUCUAGGACUGACCUUUAGGGGUCUUAGUAGGGGCCCAGAUAAGAUUGACAUUUGAUUACAUCUAGGUGGUUACAAACUAUUUUAGAAAAGUCUAAAUGGAUGGAGAUUAGAAACAGUCCAACGCAUGGUCUGACGUUGCCCCUGCAGCUCUGUUGUAGACCACCGUAGAAAGACAGGUGUCGAUCUGGACAUUGAUGAUAGAAAGAAUCAAUGGCAAUUUGUGUUUUAUGUCGUGUGUAAAUGUCAAUAUUGUCAUUUAGAUUAUAAUUUUCAGUUUGUAAAGUAAAUGUACAUUUCUGGUCGUAUUUAGUGCCUUAACACUGUAUUUAAUCCAUUGUGUCUGCCCGUUAAAAAAAAAGUUUAAAGUAAACUGUUCUCAUUCUGA